AUGCGUCGGACCUCGCGACCGGGGGCGCUUCCUCCAACACCAACACCAACUAAGCCUUCCAAGUCACCGUUGCUCCUCCCUGCGUCUGCAACGAUAAUGCCAGCCAACGCUCCGCCCUUACAUCCUCUGCGUGAUGCAUUACAUCAGGUCCAUCUUCGAGAAUCGGUGCACCAGCUAGUCAGAAGGGACUCUACAGGCCAAUCUCAAGAGACAAAGCUGUUCCAGUAUCUUGAUUCGUUCGCACUCACGCCGACACCACUGGGUCGCUUCGAAUGCCAGUUUCACUGGUCCUUCACCCUAUCACAAGAGGCUGCGGACCGCCUUCCAGCUCCCUCGCAAAUGAGUUCUGGCGAAGUUUCCCAUCCUGUCCGUGUAUUAAUGGACGGUCAGCAGCUCUAUCGGAUGCGUUGUAUAUCUGUUUCGCCCGACACAAAACUCCCGAUCGACGAAUCUACUUGGAGUCGGGCCGAGUGCGCCUGGCCCAGCGUGAUCUAUAUCUUCGUCAAUGACACUGAACUUUUUGUACGUCGGAAAUACCAUCAUCAGAAGGAUGUACCUCUAGACAUAACUCCUCAUUUGCGAGUGGGUGAGAACAAAAUCUCGUUGCACUUCAUUCGCGAUGCUGCCGAGCAGAAGGACAAACUUUACGCCGCCGCCGUGGAGAUCGCUCAGAUCGCCGCUCUCGAGCCUGUCAUGGCUCUUGCACAGACUCUCGAUGCGGAUGACUCCUUACGCCAAAUUCACCAGCGUCUUGAGCAGUCCUCCUCUAAUGAUAAUGAAGACGAUGACCUCCAUGUGGUUAGUACCGACCUUGUUAUCAAUCUUGUCGACCCCUUUACUGCUCGCGUGUUCAAGCAACCCGUCCGUGGACAGCUUUGUCUUCACUCCGAGUGUUUCGACCACGAGACAUUCAUACAAACCCGGGCCGCCGUCUCCGGGCCGCGUGCCUUGCCCAACGACUGGCGCUGCCCGAUCUGUCAGCGUGACGCUCGUCCACAGAUGUUGGUACGCGAUGAGUUUAUGGUUGACGUGCACAACGAAUUAGUGCGCACGAAUCAACUCGACGACGCCCGCGCCAUCCGGGUAACCCUCGAUGGCUCCUGGACUGUGGUCACUGAAGCAGACCUUCCAGCCUUUAAACGCUCCUCCACCGGCCUGGACAGUCCUAUCCCGAAAAGACCAAAGAUGGCCCCACCUGAGACAAAGUUCCAGCCCAUUCGGACAGCAAGCGCGAGCCCGGAAGUGAUUGACCUUGAUUAA